GGCUUCCACAUGGCUAAGCAGGAACUCUGGAGCAGCCGCACACAAAGGAGGGCUUUGAGGGAGCUGUAGCCAGGCCCAAGCUGAGCCCCUCUCCCCCUUGGUGCGUCACUUGCCCCAAUCUGGGCCUCCCUGUGAGCCUGAUUUAAACGGAAACUGUGGGCCCUGAGAAGUUCCUUGUGACCCAGUAAUCCCAGCCUGCUGACUGGACCACGCCCCCAGCAGAGGCAACCUCCAGGCUCCCGGAGGACACAGGCACCAGGUGUCCCAAGGAGGAGCUGCUAACUUGUCAGAAAGGAGGCUGCCUUGAGAGGCCAGGACGGACGAAGUGGGCUCCUUCUUUGUCUGCAGCACUCACAGUCUUCCAGAGACAGCAUGUCAGAGGGGGCGGGCACAUUCCGCAUGGUCCCUGAAGAGGAACAGGAGCUCCGUGCCCAACUGGAGAGGCUUACGACCAAAGACCAUGGACCUGUCUUUGGCCCGUGCAGCCAGCUGCCCCGCCACACCUUGCAGAAGGCCAAGGACGAGCUGAAUGAGAAGGAAGAGACCCGGGAGGAGGCAGUGCGGGAGCUACAGGAGCUGGUGCAGGCGGAGGCAGCCUCGGGGCAGGAGCUGGCCGUGGCUGUGGCGGAGAGGGUGCAGGGAAAAGACAGCGCCUUCUUCCUGCGUUUCAUCCGCGCGCGCAAGUUCCACGUGGGACGCGCCUACGAGCUGCUCAGAGGCUACGUGAACUUCCGGCUGCAGUACCCAGAGCUCUUCGACAGCCUGUCCCCGGAGGCCGUCCGCUGCACCGUUGAGGCUGGCUACCCUGGUGUCCUCUCCACGCGGGACAAGUAUGGCCGAGUGGUCAUGCUCUUCAAUAUUGAGAACUGGGACUCGGAAGAAAUCACCUUUGAUGAGAUCUUGCAGGCAUACUGCUUCAUCCUAGAGAAGCUACUGGAGAAUGAGGAGACUCAAAUUAAUGGCUUUUGCAUCAUUGAGAACUUCAAGGGCUUCACCAUGCAGCAGGCUGCCGGACUUCGGCCUUCCGAUCUCAGAAAGAUGGUGGACAUGCUCCAGGAUUCCUUCCCAGCUCGGUUCAAAGCCAUCCACUUCAUCUACCAGCCCUGGUACUUCACCACCACCUACAACGUGGUCAAGCCCUUCUUGAAGAGCAAAUUGCUCCAGAGGGUAUUUGUCCAUGGAGAAGACCUCUCCAGCUUCUACCAGGAGUUUGACGAGGACAUCCUGCCCUCCGACUUUGGGGGUACACUGCCCAAGUAUGAUGGCAAAGCCGUUGCUGAGCAGCUCUUUGGUCCUCGGGACCAAACUGAGAACACAGCCUUCUGAGAACAUCUCCUGCCAUCUGACCUGUAGUUAGCAUCCCUAGGCCUCUCCUCAACUGCCCUGGACCCAGAAUGCUGUGAAAAAGGGCUUCCUGGGGUGACUGUGGUUCCUCUGAACCUUCCUAAGUUUGGGCAAACUCAGAUGUCAUUCUCCUCCCAAGCUGGGGGCCAAUAAAAAAAGCAGGGGAAUUUCCUGAGCAUGAAAAAGUGAGGAUACUUAAUAUUUCUACUGCCUCUGAAGCUUUAGG